AUGGACUCACUACGCCUGCCACAGCCAGCGCCUCCCCAAAACAAAUCCAAAGAAGAUGAGAGUCAUGGAAAUGACAGCAAAGACGUCAAUGCAAGCCCUGCACAUUCCACUGUGGGUUUGAUUGAAACGGAGCAGGAGGAAACAGACCCAUGGGAUCUACCAGAGCUGAAGGACACAGGGGUUCCAUGGUCAGCUCUGGACACCAGAGGGAGGGUGCUGAGAGUGUUGGUGUCUGUAGGGAAGUUUGUAUUGCUGUUGGGUUUCCUCUACAUAUUCAUCUGCUCCCUUGACAUCCUCAGCUCAGCCUUCCAGCUCGUUGGAGGUAAAACAGCCGGCGACAUCUUUCAGGACAAUGCAGUUCUGUCUAACCCUUUGGCUGGUCUGGUCAUUGGUGUUCUGGUCACCCUGUUGGUUCAGAGCUCGUCCACUUCCUCCUCCAUAGUUGUCAGCAUGGUGUCCUCUGGAUUGCUAACGGUCCAGCUGGCUGUUCCUAUCAUUAUGGGCACCAACAUUGGUACCUCUGUCACCAACACGCUUGUUGCCAUGACGCAGGCUGGUGACCGCAGCACCUUUCGCAGGGCUUUUGCAGGGGCCACUGUGCACGACUUCUUCAACUGGCUCUCUGUGCUGGUGCUGCUUCCUCUAGAAGUCGCAACUGGUUAUUUGUAUGAGGUCACUAAGCUCAUUAUCGACUCCUUCCAAAUCGAGAGUGGAGAAGCCCCUGACCUGUUAAAUGUGAUCACUGAUGUCCUCACUGAGUCAAUUAUAGAGCUGGAUCAGUCUGUUAUGAAUGGGAUUGCCACUGGCGACCCAGAAGCGAGGGAUAAGAGUCUCAUCAAGAGAUGGUGCAAAACCUUCACCAACACAACCUUAAUGAAUGUUACAGUUCCUGGCCCAGAGAACUGCACCUCUCCUUCUCUCUGCUGGGUCGAUGGCAACUACACCUUCACACUGAAGAACAUUUCUGAGACAUACAACAUUACGAAAUGUAAGCACAUCUUUGUGGAUGUGAAUCUGCCUGACCUGGCGGUAGGUCUGAUCCUGCUGGCUCUCUCCCUACUGGUGCUCUGCUCGUGCCUGAUCCUCAUUGUCAAACUGCUCAACUCAAUGCUGAAGGGACAGGUGGCUACAGUCAUUAAAAAGAUCCUAAACACCGAUUUCCCGUUCCCAUUUGGUUGGGUCACAGGUUACAUCGCCAUUGUAGUCGGAGCGGGAAUGACAUUCAUUGUACAGAGCAGCUCAGUUUUCACUUCCGCUAUCACUCCACUUGUUGGUAUUGGUGUCAUCAGCAUAGAAAGAGCAUACCCAUUGUCUCUGGGUUCAAAUAUUGGCACAACCACCACAGCCAUCCUGGCCGCCAUGGCUAGUCCUGGAGACACACUAGCCAAUGCUCUACAGAUUGCCCUCGUGCACUUCCUCUUCAACAUCUCUGGCAUCCUUCUCUGGUAUCCAAUCCCCUUCACUCGGAUCCCAAUUCGGCUGGCUAAAGGCUUGGGCGACAUCACUGCCAGCUACCGCUGGUUUGCUGCAGUCUACAUCAUCAGCUGCUUCUUCAUUUUACCACUCUUCGUCUUUAGUUUGUCUCUGGCUGGUUGGCAGGUAUUGGUGGGUGUGGGAGUACCUAUAGUCACCAUGUUGAUCCUCAUUAUAGUGAUCAACAUUCUGCAGAAAAGGAAACCUGAGUGCUUGCCUUCAGCACUGCGGUCCUGGGACUUCCUCCCUCUCUGUGCGCAUUCCCUGGAACCUUGGGACAAAGUGGUCGGUGCAUGUACUACCAAAUGCUGUUGCUGCUGCAAAUGCUGCCAGAUUGCUGCUGACAACCAAGGACACACAGAGGAAGAGUCUGUGGAAAAGAAGUUCCCACACACAGCGGUGUACGAUAACCCUGCAAUGAGCGCAGAGAAAGAAGUGGAAAAUGAGAUAAAGAUCGAGCUUAAAAUUUUGAAAAUGACCCGGCUUUGA